GAUUGCCACAGCCAUUGUGGGUUAUCUCCUGUGGUGACUGCAGACUUAAGAGUUUUCUUCCCUGCUGCAUCUCGAGACCCACUGAUCUCACCAUUCCUGCAAUUCCCCUGCCAGCUUACACUCACCCCUCUGCCCCUCUUUCUUCUACUUCUAAAAAUCCUCUGAACCCCUGUGAAGACCUACCAGUGGAGCCACAAUGGAGGACACUUACAAUAACAGGACUUCCCUGGCUAAGGGGGCCAAGGACAUAGUCAAGGAGGCCAAGCGGCAUGCCACAAAGAAAGUCAACAAGGUGGUGGACCGUGCCACUGAUGAGUACUCAACCCACCACAACUACAGCCGAUUCCAGGAUGAGGACGAAGAUGAGGAUUUCUACCAGAACCCCCCGAGGCAGGAUGGAGAGGGCUACCAUGACAACGAGGAGGGCUCCAGCGAUGCCACAGAGGGCCAUGAUGAUGAGGAUGAGAUCUAUGAGGGCGAGUACCAGGGGAUUCCCUCAGCAGGAGAUAGGAAGCAUAAAGAGGGCCAGGUGGCACUGGGGCAACCGAUGUCAGAUGCCACAAGGGACCGUAAAGGGCUGGAGGAAGAGAGACAGGCUGAUGAGGAGGAGCUGGCCCAACAAUACGAGCUAAUCAUCCAGGAGUGUGGCCAUGGGAGGUUCCAGUGGCAGCUCUUCCUAGUGCUCGGGCUGGCACUUAUGUCAGAUGGGGUGGAGGUGUUCGUGGUGGGCUUUGUGCUGCCCAGUGCAGAGACAGAUAUGUGUGUGCCGAACUCCAGCUCGGGAUGGCUAGGCAGUGUUGUUUACUUGGGGAUGAUGGUCGGCGCGUUGUUCUGGGGAGGGAUGUCUGACAAAGUGGGCCGCAGACAGUGCCUCCUCAUUUGCAUGUCCACGAACGGCUUCUUUGCCUUCCUGUCAUCUUUUGUCCAGGGAUAUGGCUUAUUCCUCCUUUGCCGCCUCUUCGCAGGCUUUGGGAUAGGAGGUGCUGUGCCCAUCGUUUUCUCAUUCUUUGCAGAGGUGUUGUCCAGGGAAAAAAGAGGAGAACACCUCAGCUGGUUGUGUAUGUUCUGGAUGAUUGGAGAGAUCUACGCGUCUGCCAUGGCCUGGGCAAUCAUACCACACUAUGGUUGGAGUUUCAGUAUGGGCUCAGCAUACCAGUUUCACAGCUGGAGGGUGUUUGUGGUCGUCUGUGCCCUGCCCUGUGUGUGUGCUGUGGUGGCACUUACCUUCAUGCCCGAAAGUCCCAGGUUCUACCUUGAGGUGGGGAAGCAUGAUGAAGCCUGGAUGAUCCUCAAACAGAUCCACGACACCAACAUGAGAGCGCGUGGGCAACCGGAGAAAGUCUUCACCGUAAACAGGAUCAAAAUCCCCAAACAGCUGGAUGAACUAGUGGAGAUGGAGACAGAGUCUGGCAACCCAGUUUCAAAGUUUUUCUUUAGGAUAAAGACUGAAAUACAUGGGAUCUAUCUGAAUCUCAUGAAGUGCUUCAACUACCCUAUGCGAGAAAACAUGACGCGACUAGCCAUAGUGUGGUUCACACUGUCGUUCGGAUAUUAUGGCCUGUCAGUCUGGUUCCCUGAUGUAAUCAAACACCUUCAGGCAGAUGAUUACGCCUCCAAAGUGAAGAUCCACAACAAUGAACACAUUGAAGACUUCACCUUCAACUUCACCCUGGAGAACCAGAUACACAAAAAUGGCCUUUUUAUCAAUGACCGAUUCAUCCAUAUGAAGCUUAGGUCUGUCACCUUCAUUGACUCUACCUUUCAUAACUGCUACUUUGAUGAUGUGACAUCGGUGGGCUCCUUCUUCCGUAACUGUACUUUCAUUGAUGCUUUCUUCUUCAACACAGACAUCGAUGAAUCCAAGUUGGUAGAUGGCACAGAAGUGGUCAAUAGCACAUUCACACACAACAAGACAGGAUGCCAGAUGACAUUUGAUGAUGACUACAGUGCCUACUGGGUUUAUUUCAUCAAUUUCCUGGGGACACUGGCUGUUCUGCCCGGCAACAUUGUGUCUGCCCUUCUCAUGGACAAAAUUGGGCGUCUGUCCAUGUUAGGUGGCUCUAUGGUCCUUUCAGGCAUCAGCUGCUUCUUCUUGUGGUUCGGCACCAGUGAGUCUAUGAUGAUUUUCAUGUUGUGCCUUUACAAUGGCCUGAGCAUCUCUGCCUGGAACUCCCUGGAUGUGGUCACGACUGAGUCAUUCCCUACAGUCAGGAGAGGAACAGGCUUUGGGUUCUGCAACGCUCUGUGUAAGCUGGCUGCAGUCUUAGGGAACCUGAUUUUUGGUUCUCUUGUUGGCAUCACAAAGGCCAUCCCCAUUCUCAUGGCCUCAUCUGUGCUUGUCGGGGGAGGCCUGGUUGCACUCCGGUUACCUGACACCAGGGCGAAUGUCCUUAUGUAACACCAGGAUGGCGUUCAUCAGAUGGGAUAAAACCUGGAUGAAACCUGGGUAAAUCCGAGAGGUAGCCCCUGGGGUGUUUAGCAAGGAGUGCAAAUGGCUUGGUUCACACAUAUCUUAAUUAAUCACAUGUCCCUAUUGUAGCAUAGGUAAAGCCGGAAAGCAACCCACCUUUUCCUACUGUGUUUUACUUUUAUCAUGCAAAUCAAAAUCAUUACAUUUCUCGCUAGUCAAUAAUAAGCUCAGCCAUUUUGUGAAUGUACUGCCUGUAGAUUUCACAGGAAAGAGGUGAGAGUUAGCACAGGUUUUGGUACUGAGAUAUGGAGUUUUGUUCAGUGACUGGUUGCACCUUCCAGCUGCAGCCAUAACCUUGUGUGGAGUCACUGCAUGGUUAAAACUCAAGGAUUUUAAUAUUGAUACAGUCUUAUUAAGACAAGCCAGAUGGGCAGAAAAGUGAAAAACAAGCUGUAAUGAGCACAGCCGACCUGCUGCGUGACAACGGAGGGAAUAGAUGAUCAGACAGAUCGGUCACACGACACAGCUGUAUGACAGCUGGCUUGCCCACCAGACCCACAUACACAGGACAUGUUGUAGACAGUGUGCACAAAGUCAGCAUACACAAAUACACAAAAAGUCACGUAGAAAUAAUUAAUGUGCAAAUACAUGUCUUAAAAUAGACUAUACUGUACAUGCAAUACUUUAGACAUUUGCUCUGACAUCUGCAACCUUUUCAAAGUAGAUAGUUCAUGCAGGACACCAAGCCCUUUGCAUUGCCUAGCCAAGCAAGAAUCAAAAAGGCCAUAUUGAAAAACUGCAUUUUCUUGUACCAAUAGUUAUAUGGUAUGUUGCUGUGAGACUGCUAAUUUUAUUUUCUGUUUUGUUAAUGUGAAAGUUGGAAUGAUGAAUUAUAUUUAUUUUAUCCAAAUGUUGUUACUCAAGGACCCCUUCCAUGUGUUGUUACUGUACAAAGGCUCUCUGAUGAGCUCUCCUUCUGAUUUAGCUUUGUGUUGGAUCUUGCUUGUGGCAGUGACAUUGAUAAUGACAUGUCAUGCUGCUUCCUUUUAAAAAUACUGAAUGGCCUUUUUUAUAUGUGCCUCUCCUUAACUGGAGCAGUCUGCCAAUAGUCAUGUGGUGUCCAAAGGGUAUAAAGGAACAGACAGAAACUGAAUAGGAAGUAAACAGAUAAAAUAAAAUGCCGUUUUUGUGUAUAUAUGUGAAAUAAGUGGCCAAUACAGUAUUUUAUUAGAGUCUAAACCUCAUCUCUUUUGUUAAACAUCUGUAUUUUGAUAAAACUUAUUUUUGUGAGAUAAGCUUCCUCUUCUCCUGAAAAAAAUAUCUAAUUGUUACUAAAGGCCAAACUAUAUUUACUAUAGGUAACAAUUAAUCAUAAUAUGAUCAAAUGGUGUUACUGUGCAUGACCACAAAGUAAUAAUGUAAAUAACAACCACCUCUUUAUGAGGGCUAAUUGGUGCCACCUAUGAUUAAAAUGUCUCCUAAGGAAACUUUUUGGCUUUUUUGAUUUCGAAUCCUAAAUUAUCUGGAAAAAUUCAACUGAAAUCAAUUUUUAUUUGUUACAUUUGAGACAAAAAUGUGAAACAAAACUGGAUGAUAAAUUUGAGUUCUAUCAUUUGUUGAAGAUUUUUGUCCAAAAUUAAUUUUUUGGCAUAAACUCACACUUGAAAACAUGACCUACCUUGUAAUAGUAUCAACACUGGAACCUCAAUGCAUAUUGCUAAAGAUAAUGAUAAUAAGAUUAUGUUGCUAUUUUCAAAGUGUUAAAAUACCUCUAAAAAUUUAAAUUGAUAUCAACAUUUUUUUUUCAGAUUAAAUCCAUAUAUAUAAUAACGAUAUAGUUUAUUUCAGUUAUAGGUAAGUCUGGUUUGAUUUGUGCCUGUAGAUUUUAUUUUCUGUGGCUAACAGCCAGUAUCAUUCUGCUUUUCUCUGUAUUUGUGGUAUCUGUGAUUGCAGCAUAGAGGUAGUUUGGCCUUGUACUACUGUUGGCUCUGUCAAGGCUGCUAAAAAAAAUUCCAUAGUGGUACUGUACAUGUGCAUCCAUUUCCACGGACCCAACCUUUUCUCAGAAUUUUAAAGUCAUACAUAAUGAAGUGUGCUGCUAUUGUGCAACAGAUAUUUUGACCAUAUGAUUUCAAUAUUUUUGAAAGAAAUGUACGGCAUACAGAUAAAUAAAUGCACUGACUGACUAAAAAGUAUUGACUUUUGCCCACUGUCCAACGCUGCUGACUGCUGUCAGAAGCAAGAAUAACAGAAGGAUUGAUCUGUAUGGUUCUGGAUGUGUUCAGUGGCAGAUCUACCUGUUGUGGGGAGAAUCUUUAUUACCUGUUAUGUUUGAGGUAUUUGGAGUAUUGCUUAUAUGUACUGUAUUUAUGUGUGUGUGAGUGUGUGUGUACAUGUGUGUAUAAGAGAGAGUACUGUAUGUCUGUGUGGGCUUGUGUAUGGAUGCAUGAGUGUAAAUAAUGUACAAAUCAAAGCUGAAAUUGGUGGACUUCUGGGUUAUAUGUGUAUAAGCUCCUUGAUUGACUCAUAUGUCUCCUGCUUUGUCCAAGCGAUAAGUCCAUCUACUGUAUCUCUGUUGUACAUCUGUGUGUGUCCUUCGCUUUAAGCCCCUAUUCACCUGCUACUCUGUGUGUGUGUAUGUGUGUGUGUGCUCAAACUUGCAUGUAUGUAAGAAAACUUAUGUUCUUUUGUGCUCAACUUUGUGUUUUCACUGUAAAUUAUUCUGGCAGAAACUGAUGGCAAUAUUCUGAUUUUUGUUGAGGAAAAAUGUGAAUGUAUCACUCUUGUUAGUUUUGUUCAUCCAUUUUAUGGAGGUAAUCAAAUGUAUGUGGAGAAUAAAGUUGUGUAUAUUAUUGUGAAGGGCCUGCCAGUCAGAGGAUGACUGAGCUGUAUGUUCAGAGGUCCAUAAGUGUGAAAAUAUGUGAAGAAAUAUUUGCCAAAUGAUGCCC